AUGUCAGAUACCGCUGCACCUUCUUUCAGCAAAAACCUUCAAAAUACACUCAUAGCUGACAAAACUCGCUAUUCUACUCAAAUUUCAAGAAACAUAAAUCCCGGCGAAAUCCUCUCAAAAUACGAAGGCUGAGUACAAUACUUCCAUUUUUCACAAAAGCACUCUGAACUUAUUGAUUUAGUCAAAUGCCUAAGCCUUCUAACAGGCUUAAAAUCAGAUUACAUCUUUACCUAUUUUGGUGCAGCCCUUCAAAACGUAGAGUCUGCUUGAAUCCCAUCAGAAAUCACUGCAAAGCUUCCAAAUAACACCUUCAUCACAUAUAUCCCAAAAGAAGAAACCAAGGCAAAUAAUACUUCGUUAGAUCGGUUCAAAAAGCCUGAUAAAGAAGCCUGAAAAUGAGCUGAAGAGGAAUGAACUGAAGUCCUCGAAAUCCCCCCUCGUUUUGCUUCAAAAUUUAAAAAACUCGAGCUCAUUAAUAAAAAUGGAAACAAAGCAGUUAUUGAAUAUAUCUCCAACAGGAUUUUAGAGCCAUGAAACUAUAUUGACAAGACAGAUAUUUCUAAAUUUAAUGGUGAGCCUGCUUACUUUAUUCCAUGCAAUUGUAGAGAAAGCCACCAGAACUGCUCAAACUCUGCGCACUGCUCAUGCUCCAGAAGUUUGGUGCAAACGUUUAGGAUACAAAGGUGCCUUACUGUUAAAGGCCCCAAAAAGCAUUUUUUGCCCCACAAGCUAAGUGAAGACUUCAGAAUUAUCGAGUGCAGUGACCAGUGUAACUGUAACAAAGACCUUUGUAGGAUGUCUCUCUUUAGCAAUGCUACUGCGCUUGGCCCUGAAAAAUUCUAUGUAAAUGAAACAGCCCAAGGACAAUGGGAGUUAAAAUGCAAGAUCAAACUUAAACGAGGACAGUUUUUAUUUGAGCUAGCUGGGAUUUUAAGAGAAUCACAGCCUGAAAAGAACUUUUUAAAACUCAGUGACGCCCAUUAUUUGGAUUUUGAAGCUACAAAUAUAAGCAGGUUUCUUGUUUAUGGUGAUAAACCAAAUGUUAUUGGAAUAAAAAUAUUCAGUCAUGUAAGCGAAAAAUGAAUAUGCAGGGUUGGGAUAUUUGCUACGAGAAACAUCAAGUUUGGAGAAGUUCUUAUUUCUUCUCGCUCGGUUUUAAUAUAA